GCAGGAGAUGUGGUGGCAUCUCCAAAGUCUUGGAUAUGUGACACUGUUGUUUUUCUUAUGAUUUUGCUAGCAGAUCUGUUACUAAAAAUUCUUCCAUGAUGUAUGUUUUUUUUCAGGUAGAUUCAAUCGCUUAUGAUACAUUUUUAGUCAGUAAUGGUGUAGGUGAUAAUGCUUAUGGCAUAGAACGUGUUGAUCCGGUUGGUACUAUCGAGCGAUUUAAUUAUUUGACAAGUUUGUUGAUUUGGUCCGAUCAAUAUGCGAAUAUGAUCAAUGGAACAGAUGGUACUAUGUGGCAUUCGAAUGCAACAAAAGACGAACGAAUCUAUGCAUUUAUACCUGAUAUUUGUCGAUCAAUCUAUUUAACCUUUAAUGAAACGCGAAGGAAUAUUGCUGACGUCGAUCUAUAUCAUUAUACAUUGCCACAUACUAUUUUUUCUAAUUCAAGUGAAAACCGCGGUUUUUGCAUGAAUGGUACCACUUUCAAUAACAUCUAUGAAUUACAAUGCUUACCAGAUGGCCUUUUCACACAGGCUCCAUGUCAACAUUUUGGUGGCAGUCUAAGCAUCCCAUUCCCUAUAAUUGCAUCUAAUCCACACUUUCUUGACGCUGAUCCAAUCGUAUUGGAUGCUGUUGAAGGCAUGCAUCCAAAUGAUACAAUACAUCGAAGCUUUGCAGAUAUUGAGCCAACAACUGGAAGUAAGUAUUGA